AAAGCGUUGUAAAAAAAAAAGAUUACGUGUCGAAGAAGGUAUAUUAAAAUCACGAGAUAUAUUGCAUAAAGUUUUCAACAACGAUCAGAUAGAAUGGCUUCAACAUGACUCAACAAAACGUCGGCUAUAUAAAUGGUCUAAUGAAACAGUAAAGAAGGCACUCAGACUAAAAUUAGCAUGUACAGAAAAUGGUUAUAAAGAAUUAAUUAAUCAAAAUAUUCCUUUACCAUCGAGACGCACACUGAGAAGAAGUUUUGAAGGUAUUAAUUUUUCUCCUGGAAUAUGUGAUGAUAUUUUUGAAGCUUUGAAAGAUAAGAUAGAAUACUUUACUGAUGAUCGUGAAAGAGACUGUAUGUUUGGAAUAGACGAGAUAAGUCUUGUAGAAGGUGAACGAAUUGAUCCGUUGACAAACUCUAUUACUGGAUUUAUUACUAUUCCUAAUUCCCAAGGAAAAACAAAUAUGCAUGCUACACAUGGUUUGAUUUUUAUGCUUGGUGGUAUUUUCACACGAUGGAAACAAAUUGUUGCCUAUGAUUUCACUAAUCCUAAAGGGUUUGAUGGUGCACGAUUAAAACCUAUUAUUGAACAAAUUAUUCAAAAAGCUGAAAAAAUCGGUCUUUAUGUGCAUGCAGUUACAUCUGACAUGGUAGCAUCUAAUCGAAAAAUGUGGCAUGCUUUUGGAAUUAAUACUUGCAAGUCCUUUACUAUUCAAAAAUUCUGUGUCUUAUCCUGUCAAUCCACAACGUAAACUCUUUUUUUUUGCUGAUAGCCCUCAUCUUCUUAAAAAUCUUAAAACUGCAUUAAUAAAUAACAAAAGUGUUAUUGUCCCACCAAAUUAUAUCGAAAGCUUAAAUUUAUCAUCAUCUAUUGUUCGAUGUUCACAUCUUGAGGAAUUAGUUGCAGAACAAGAAAAUAUGUUUUUCAAAUUUGCUCCAAAGCUGAAUAAAGAUAUUCUCACAACGACUCAGUUUAACAAAAUAAAAGUUAAUAAGGCAGUAAAUGUAUUUAAUCGAAAUUCGAGCAGCGCAUUGAAUUAUAUGAGUGAAAAAUAUUAUAAUGAAGAAUAUAAAACAACAGCCUUUUUUAUCGAAAUAGUAUCUAAAUGGUUUACUUUGAUUACUUCAAGGCAUGCCUCAGUUGCGUUGGGAAAGAAACCUGAAAGUGUAGAAUCUGAAAACAAAUUUAAUGAAGCUGUUAACUUUUUAGAGUCA